AUGGCAUCACCACCCAAGCCCUGGGAACGGCCCGGCGCAACCACUGCUGCGUCCACAGCCGCCCCAACUGCCGCCUCGAUCGCGACCCCGACACCGGCCACCUCUCUCUCUUCGACCGCAUCGUCCGGGCCCGCCAUCCCCGAGCGACCUGCCUCCCUCGCCGCAGCCGUUAACCAGAACGCUUCCGCCUACAGCAGGACCGGUCUCGGUGCCGGCCUCGGAGCGACAGCAAGCCCAUACGGCAGCGCUUACGGAGGCGCCUACUCAUCGCCCUACGGCAGCCCCUACUCCAGGAUGGGUUCAUACGGCGGAUACGGCGGUGGUAUGUACGGAGGAUAUGGCGGAUAUGGUGGUGGCAUGUACGGAGGAGGCAUGUACGGCGGUAUGGGCAUGGGCGGCAUGCCUGGAAACCCGAACGACCCAAACAGCUUGACGAACCGAUUCAACAACAACACACAAGCGACGUUUCAGAUGUUGGAGGGUAUCGUUGGAGCCUUUGGCGGGUUCGCCCAGAUGUUGGAGAGCACAUAUAUGGCUACACACUCAAGCUUUUUCGCCAUGGUCUCGGUGGCAGAGCAGUUCAGCAACCUUAGGGACACUCUGGGCUCGAUCCUCGGCAUUUUCACUCUAAUGCGCUGGAUUCGCACGCUCAUCGCCAAGAUCACUGGUCGUCCACCACCAGCCGACGCAACAGCGCUCACGCCGGCGGCGUUCGCCAAGUUCGAAGGUCGCCAGCCCAUCGGCCCUGACGGCGCUCCCCUCGGACCUCCCAAGGCUUCCCGCAAGCCUCUCUUCUUCUUCCUUCUUGCUGCUUUCGGUCUCCCGUACCUGAUGCGCAAGAUGAUCAACACCAUGGCCGCAUCCGCCGAGGAGGAGGAACGCCGGCGUAUGGCCCUUGCCGGCGAACAACAGGCUUUGGAUCCCUCCAAGCUCGACUACUGCCGUGUCAUGUACGACUUCACGCCCCAGGCUGGUAAUGCAGUCAAGGAUGUGGAUAUGGAGGUGCGCAAGGGCGACUUGGUCGCCGUUCUGUCUAAGAGCGAUCCUAUGGGCAACCCUAGCGAGUGGUGGAGAUGCCGCGCUCGCGACGGUCGCAUGGGAUACCUCCCCUCGACUUACCUGGAAGUCAUUAAGCGUCCUGGCCAGCCCCUAGCCGCUAUUAAGGCUGCGCCCAGCGAUACCAGCAGGGCCAACUCGCUGACGAGCGAGAAGGCUCCGAAGGCACCGGAAGUGAAGACCAAGAUUGGUGAUGUGUCCCCCGAGAGCUUCCAGAAGAGCGUGGAGCACACGACCACCACCACCACCUUUUCACAAGCCGAAGCAUUCCCCGCACAAGUCAAGAUGACUCUCUACUACACUCUUGUGUUUAUGUUGCUCAUGGGCGAGAUGGGGCUGUUCAUGCUCCUGAUCGUGCCCCUUCCCUUCGCCGUUAAGAGGAAGUUGUUUACCUUCAUUUCCGAGAGCCCGAUCGUCGCCAAGGUUCAGUACUGGAUGAAGAUCACAUUCGUCUUCAUCCUGAUCCUCUUCAUCGACAGCGUCAACCGCGUGUACCGAGUCCAGGUCGAGCUCGCCCUGGCCACCGAGAAGCAGAACAGCGGCGCCGCCGUCAUGGGUCACGAGCGCCUCGAGGUGCAAGCCCGCAAGUUCUACUCUCAGCGCAACAUGUACCUUUGCGGCUUCACCCUCUUCCUGUCCUUGAUCCUGAACCGCACCUAUGUUAUGAUCCUUGAGGUGAUGCGCCUCGAGGACAAGGUCCGCGGCUACGAGGGCACCAAGGGCAGCGCCAAGGAGAGCGAGAAGCUCGCCGUCGCCGGUGACGCCGGAGAGAUCGGCCGUCUCAAGAAGGAGCUGGAGAGGAAGGACCGCGACAUCGAGACCCUGAAGAAGCAGAGCGCCGGCCUGCACAAGAGCUACGACGAGCUCUCUGAGCAAUACGGCAAGACGCAGGAGCAGGGCGACAAGAAGGCCCAGUAG